AACGUAUGUUUUGGAGAUCUGAAUCGAGAAGAGGAAGAGUUCGCAGUGCCGAACAGGGACGAGGAUAGCCACUCACAACAUCUACGGCUCCGAUCCAAAAGCAUGCAUGCCGUUUGAUUUCUUCAAGCAUGUGCAUCCACUUGGUUGCUAGAUUUGGAAGAAGUAUAUAGCUUCAUUGGAAGUAUGUUGGAUCUAUACAACGUUAUUACGUUAAGAGGAAAAGCUCCAGAAUAUGGACCUUGUGAUGAAUCUUAAAAUGGGAUAUGGAGCCAUCAGCCAUGCAGGUUUUGUUAUUGAAGAGAAAAUCAAAGUAUCAACCUGUUUAACCCUGACUUAGACCCAUAUUAAUGGGGAUGCUACUUUUUUCUCUCGAGCCCCUUCACCAAGUGAUCCAAAAUGGAUUGAAUAAAUAAAUUUUAAAUUGUUUGGUGACAUGCAUUGAAUAUAAUCUGAUCCAAAAAGUAUAAUAUAGUUUGAAUGGGCUGUCUAAAAGUUUGAUAUACCAGGGAGUAUACUAUUUGUGGACUUAGAACCUUGCUAAAGCGUUUGAAGCUUAGCAAAAUUCUCACGAACAUACUCAACGGGUAAGAACUUCUUUUUCGAGAGGGACCUCAUCUUAGUCCAAGUAGACACCGGUUCUUUGCCGUUCCUUCUUCUUUUGGUGCAAGUAUUGGUCCACCAAGUGGAUGCAUACUUGCGGAACUUCAACGCCACUAUCUUGACCUUCUUCUCGUCAGAAACUUCUUUGAAGUCGAAGACACGUUCUACUGUCUCUAGUCAUUCUAGAAACUCGUCCGGGUCGUUCUUUCCUUCAAAGGUCGGGAUGUCCACCUUGAAAUCAGAACCUUCAUGGGCGGGAGUCCUAGCUUUGGUGGUGCUACUAGUGCUAGCAUCAUCCUCACGAUCACUUCCUUGGAAUGUGUUCAGCUUCAUCUUGGUAAGUUUAACUACCUCUUUGGCCAAGUAUUCAACUUGGGCCUUCAAGGCUGCAUUGGAUGCAAUGAGCUCUUCAUGGGACAUGGGUUGGGAUUCAUUCGACAUGGUUGUGAAGGUAAAAAGAUGGGAGGAAAGGCUUAGUUGGCCGUGGGGCUUGAAAAGGAGAAGAGGAGAGUUUUGAGCUCAAGAGACACUUACUGCUCAAGAGGGGCGUGUGAAUGGUCCUUGGGGAUAUUCAACACUUAGCUCUGAUACCAAAUGUUAGGCACCAACUUAGGAUGAAACUGGGGGAGAGGAUAGGCCGAAUGGGAAAGAGGAACAAGGGGGUGUUUAUGGUGGUUUUGUGAAUGUAAUGAGAUGAAGGAAUGGGUGUUUUAAAAGGGGGAGGUAAAGAGGGACAAGUGAGGGCAAUAAGGAAGGGUGUUUGGGCUUUAGUUUUGGCUAAGGAAGAAGAAAAAGGAGGCUGUUUU